AUGUGGUCGCGGCGAAAUGCAUUCCCCCUGGCAGCGCUUCCUGAGGCCGGAUGCGCUCCGCUUGCCUCAACACCGUCAGAUGACCUCCGAUCUUCCACAGGACUGGCGGAGGAGUCGAAGAUUAAAUUUAUCACGACACUUGCGUACACGCUUAUUCCAGAGGUAACGAGGGAGGAGGCGGAGGUGAUUUUCUCCUGGGCUUUGAGGAAUGCAGGGGGUGGUGGCCGAGAUAAACACCGAUUGGCGGCACUUAACCAGAUUGAGUACUUCUUUGCAGGGACCGACAAUGGCCUGUUAUGCAUGUUUCCUAUCUUUCCGCCCACCAUGCGUCCGUUCCUGACGACUUCAACUGGGGGAGAAACAGUGCUGGUCCCCUGGAACGCUGGGCCCCGACGCAUUUUGCAUCGCCAUCGACACGAGGAAUCGGUGAUGUCGAUCGCGAAAUUGGCCACCUUAGUGGCUUCCGCAGGCUCGGAUGGUUACAUGCAUCUGAGCAGCUUUCAUCCGGCGCCGCGACAUAUUAUCUCUAUUCCGCAUCCAACGGCGGUACAUUGCUUGUUGAUGUGGGAGGGUACUUUGUUUCUCGAGAGGGAGACGAACCCGCAGCAGAGAUCGGCGGUAGCCAUAGCAGAAAGCUCAAUUGUAUACAUUUUCACUGGUGAUGAGAGUGGUUUGGUUCGUCUCUGGCGAGUGAAUGUUGAGGACCACACUUACUUCCUUUCGACCGUAUUUGUUAUUACUGCCCACGCUGGGGGCACUGGGUUUUCCUCACCACUGCAUUAUCUCGCUUGCGAGGAUGGGGACCGCACGAGUGUCCCAACGAAGCAGUCGAAAGUAAUUCACUCUCUUGCCCUUGACGAGGAUCGACGUCUUUUAGCUGGAGUGGAAGGGGGAGUCGUCGUGUGGGGGCUUGCGGCGUUGCCGUGGAAGCAGCGGGAGGAGGACCACAUUUUAUGCUGGGACAUUGAACAAGGGAAAAUGAACACCACCGCACUCUCUACGCUUCAGUUUAGGACGAGGAGAUUGACAAACGUGAGCGUGUGGGUCAAGGGAGCUGAUUUGCUGCAGAAAAGCAUCUGCAGCGAGAAGAGGGGGGACGAUGAGGUGAAUGGCAGCAAUUCUCAGAUGAAGGUGAUUCAGAAAUCAAGAUGGAAACCCAAGUACGGUACACAUGUUGCGAACGGGUUUGAUGUGGGUGUGGUGAGCAACUUGUUGACAUUGCCACCUCUGCAAGACAGCAAUGGAGAGUCCGCGAUGUCGCUGCUGCAGACUACGUAUGUGCCUCUGCAAUUUCCAUCGCUCAAGAACACAGUUUACUUUCCACUCCAUGCGGUAGAACCAGCGUUCACCCCACUGCAUAUUCUACCCACGAUAGGCAGUACAUGCUUUGCGCUUCUUGUUUUACAGCAUGGGAGGCGUAUUGUAACAGGGGGUUCAGACGGUAAAGUCGUGGUAUGGUUGUGGGACACAUCCGCCGAGGUGUACAUGCAAGGUCUGGUUUCAAGCGAGGGUCAGGGACACUGCGGGCUGAUUCGCCACCUUUGUCUCCUUCGCUCCCCAGACAUUUUUAUCUCCUGUGGUUACGACGACGGCCUGAUAAAGGAGUGGCAUGUGUACGAUGAGCCGGAGUUUUUUAUGCGUUGCGAGCGAAGCCUCAAAGUUAUCCCCGCCAAUUUGUAUGGCCUCACAUCCCACGUACCACUGCCAGUGCUGGAGGAGAGUGUAGGGGGGAUUUCCUGCGCAGUUUCUUUCCCUGAGUUUCACGCGCUUUUUAUUGUAGGUCUCUUUGAGAGCAGCAUUCAGACCUUUAGUCUGAUGGAGGUGCAUGGGUGUGCCCUGCCGGAGGAUUACGUUUACAACGGUUACAAAACGGUGCGCCUAACAGCAUCUGUAGCUGCGUGUGUUUCUCGGGGUCUUGGUCUUGGUGAUGUUGAUGGGCGCUUGGAAGGAGGGAAUCAUGCCUCUGUCUGA